AUGUCUGAAAGAUCACUGAGCCCCGCGGAGUGCCAGAACCGGCCAUAUGAUUACAGCCGAGCCAACACUUGUCCUCAGGGCCAGGAGUCUUACCAGAUGCCCGGGCUCCUGACGGACCCUAACUUACUCUACAACAAGUCUGCAUACAGCGGAAUACCCUCUCAGGCCUUCUUUCCCUUUGGGCCGAUGGGUUGCGAGUAUCGCGGCCCGGAGCAGCAGCAGGCUGUGGACCUAGCUCAGCCCAAACCCUGGUACCCAUUCACAUCGCCCGAGUACGUGAGCCAGGUACCAAGCACAGGCAGCGGCCCCCAGCCUGCGAACCUGAGCCCCCCGAUCGCCCAGACCCCACAGGUCAAACUGCCCGACAUUAAAGUGAAGGAGGAAAAUGAGGACUACUCUGCGGAGGUGAAAAUCCAGCAGUAUGCGGCCCCAGCCAUGUCCCACGGAGUCUUCUACUCUACACCCUGGAACCCAACCUUUUGGCCCGGGAUCGCGCACAUACAGCCCCGGGAACACAACGGCAGUCAGAACCCUCCCACCCCGUCCUCUGCGUCCUCUCCCUCAAUGUCGCCGUCUCCUCCGAGCAGCGGGAACAAUGGGAACGCGUUCUUUGGCAGUGGAACCCCCUCACAGGCCGCCACAGCGCAGACACCGAACCCGUCCUCAUCAGGCCGGAGCAGCGGCUCCUCCAGCGGCGGCUGCAGCGACUCGGAGGAGGAGAGUCUCACCACAGAAGAGCUAGAGCAGUUUGCCAAAGAGCUGAAACACAAGCGCAUUACCCUGGGUUUUACACAGGCUGAUGUUGGGCUUGCUCUGGGGAACUUAAAGAGAAAACGGAGGACGAGUUUGGAAGGAGCAGUUCGUUCAGCUUUGGAGUCUUAUUUUGUGAAAUGUCCCAAACCGAACACGCAGGAGAUCACCCACAUCUCUGACGACCUGGGCCUGGAAAGAGAUAAGGGGAAGAGGCUGGCACUACCUCUGGAUGAAGAGUGUGAAGGGCAGUACUAUGAGCAGAGCCCUCCUCUCAACAUGGUGGCCUCUUCUCUCCCCAACCAGAGCUAUGCAGGACCUGGCUACACCGGAGCCACGUCUGCACUGUACAUGCCCUCUCUGCACAGGGCGGAUGUCCUGAAGCAGGCCUUGCACCCUGGCCUGGUGGGCCACCUGACUGGAUGA